ACAGUUGAACUAAAAUAACUUCAAAAUGAAAUUAGUUACUAAGCUUGUGAUCUUGCUGUUGGGGCUUUUUAUGCUGAUGGAACUUGGAGGCUCUUUUGUUGUUAAAAAGAGUGCUCAUGAUCCACCACAAGGUGGACCACCUGGAGGACAUAAAGAUUUCAUAGGAUUCCGUAGUAUUGUUAAGAGGAGUGCUGAGAAUGGUCCACCACAAGGAAGCCCACCUGGACCACCUGGAGGCAAAAAAGAAUUAGCAGCUUUCCAUAGUAUUGUUAAAAGGAGUGCUCAAAAUGGUUCACAAAAUGGACAAGGUGGGCAAGGUGGACAAGGCGGACAAGGUGGAAAAGGUGGACAAAACGGUGAUGGUCAAGGUAGUGGACAAGCUGGAAAAGGCGGAGAAGGCGGACAAGGUGGAAAAGGUGGACAAAACGGUGAUGGUCAAGGAAGUGGACAAGCUGGAAAAGGCGGACAAGGUGGUCAAGGUGGAAAAGGUGGACAAAACGGUGAUGGUCAAGGAAGUGGAAAAGGCGGACAAGGUGGACAAGGUGGUCAAGGCGGAGGAGGCGGCCAAAAUAGUCAAAGUGGACAAGGCGGACAAGGUGGAAAAGGGGGACAAGGCGGAGGAGGUGGUGAAAAUUAACAGA